AUGAAGCAGUUGGUGUUUGUCCUCCUGCUGGUGACGGAGGCGUCCCCCAGGUCUAACUGCACCCUGUGGAAGCUAGGCUGUGACUGUCCAAGAGACUACAAGUUCACCAUCUGCUCCCGGCUGGACCUCACCCAGCUUCCCGGCAGAGUCCCCACCUCCACCGAGCUCCUGGACUUCUCCGGCAACCUCAUCUCCGUCGUCCCCAAGAACAUAUUCAGCGCGAACCGCAAGCUGAGAGUGCUGCUGCUGCAGAACAACAACAUCAGCGUGAUGGAGGACGGCUGCUUCGCUCAGCUGGAGUUCCUGCAGAAGCUAGACCUGAGCUGGAACAGGAUCUCCUCCCUGACGGAGGGGUUCUCCGUCGGCCUGGCCUUUCUGCGGGAGCUGCAGCUGUCCCACAACCAGUUGAGCAGCCUGGACAGCCGCAGCUUCUUCCACCUGGAUGGCCUGCAGAGGUUAAACCUCACCAACAACCGCGUCCAGAGCAUCCAGAUGAGGUCGUUCUCCACCAUGAGCAGCCUGCGGCAGCUCCACCUGCGCAACAACCAGCUGGCUUCUCUGAGGGGCGGCACCUUCUCCAUGCUGCGCUCCCUUGAGAUCCUCAGCCUGGCUGGGAAUCAGAUCAGCAAGAUAGAGAUGGUGGUGUUCAGUCCUCUCACCAGCAUGACGUUACUGAACUUAGCCGACAACCGUCUGUCCACGGUCAGCUUCAAGACCUUCCUGAGCAUCCACACCUACAGCACCCACAUUCUGCUGCAGGGGAACCCCUGGAACUGCGACUGCGAGCUGCACAGAGUCUUCCGAAAGCUGCGGAGCAUCCAGAGGCUCUUCCUUGACGACUACUCCAACCUGACGUGCAUGGAGCCGCCCGUCCUCCGUGAGCACCUGCUGACGGACGUGGACAGCGAGCUGUGCAUCGCCGAAACGGUCACCGUGCUCAUCAUCACCAUCACCGUGGUGAUCACUGUGCUGGCCACCAUGUUGAUGGGAGAGAGGAAGAAGAAGAAGAGGAGGAAGGGGUUGCACUGGACGCAGCAGGGGGAAUUUUCAGACGUGUCAGACUUCUGA